AUGUUAUUACCCGAAUUCAUGAUUUGUAGUACUGAAAUUUUGAAAGUAACUGAUGAACGUGUUAAAAUUAUGUCUGAGAUUAUCAAAUCAAUGCGAAUUGUAAAAAUGUAUUGUUGGGAAUCAGCAUUCGAAAGAAAAGUUCGUCAUAUAAGAACACAUGAAAUGAUUAAAAUAAUUUUAUAUAUGAUGAGUACCUGUAUUGAAACGGUCUUAUCACAUAGUUAUAUUAGUGUAACAUUCUUAAUGAUGUAUGGAACAAUGUGGUUAUUUGAUAUAAAAUUUGAUACAGAUGUCUUUACUUUUUCCUAUGUAUUACUUAGUUAUACACGUAUAUCUUGUAUUACUUUUUUUAAUAUGGCUAUUCGUGAUCUUCUUAAUUAUAUGGCUGCUCAAAAACGAAUACAAACAUUUCUUUUACUUGAUGAAUCGGAAAGAAAUAAUCGAUUAUUAUCAACAUCUUUUAAAGAUAUUGUUGAAAUAGAGAACACAAAUGAAAAUUUAAUAAAACAAACAUCGAAAAUUAUAUGUAAUUUAAAACAAGCUCAAUGGGAAAAAAGUUCACUUUUACAAACAUUAACAGGUGAAAUAACUUAUUUUGAUGGAAAAGUUAGAUUAUAUGGAUCAUAUUGUUAUGUACCACAAGAAUCAUGGAUAUUCUCGUCAUCAGUAAAAAAUAAUAUUCUUUUUGGUAAAGAAUAUAAUUCUAAAUUAUUUCAACGUGUUGUUCGUGCAACUGCUCUCGAUAUAGAUUUUGUUCAAUUGUCUCAUGGUGCAAAUACUCUUGUUGGUGAUCAAGGUGUUAUGUUGUCUGGAGGUCAAAAAGCACGUGUCAAUAUGGCAAGAGCACUUUAUCGUGAUGCUGAUAUUUAUCUAUUAGAUGAUCCACUUUCAGCUGUUGAUGCUAAAGUUUCUAAACAUCUCUUUGACGAAUCAAUUAAAAAUUAUCUUCAUGAUAAAAUUUGUAUUUUAGCUACUCAUCAAAUACAAUUUUUACAAGAUGCAAGUAAAAUUAUUGUUCUCGAUAAUGGUGAAAUGAUACAAAUGGGAACAUAUGAAGAAUUACUUUUAUCUUCAUCAAUAUUUGCUCAACUUCUUGAAAAUAUUAAUCAACAUGAACAAAAACAACAAACAGAUUCUUUAUCAAAUCAACAAUCAAGAAUCGGUUCAAUAAGUUCAGAAAAAGAGAAUUCAGACGAAGAAGAUAUUAAUGUAUUACCAAAAAAUCUUGAAACAAAAUCAGAAGGAACAGUAAAAUGGAAUGUUUAUAUAUCAUAUCUUCGAGCUGGUGUUGGUGCCAUUUUUGGUUUUCUAUUAAUUAUAAUUAUAUUUUCAAUACAACAAACAAUAUCUAUUUAUAGUAAUUGGUGGUUAGCAGCAUGGAGUGAUGAUGAAAAUCGUCGUCGUCAUCAAAAUUUAACGUAUUGUGUGGUGACACGAGACAAGAAAAUAGAUACACUAUAUCAAAUGAAUGAUAUUGAAUGGUAUACACAUCGAGAUCGACGAUUUUAUAUAUUUUGUGCUCUCGUACUUUUACUUUGCUUUUUAAUAUUUCUUCGUACUGUUGUUUGUCGACUUAUAUGUUUAAAUUCUGGUCGAGUACUACAUAAUAAAAUGUUUCUACGAGUCAUUCGAUGUCCUAUAUCUUUUUUUGAUACGAAUCCAGUUGGUCGAAUAUUGAAUCGUUUUACAAGCGAUGUUGCUGCAAUGGAUGAUUCUCUACCAAUAAUUAUACAUGAGUUCCUUGUGUGUUUAUCUCAAGUAUUGGGCACAAUUGUUUUAGUUGUAUUCCUCAAUCCAUGGUCAUUUAUUCCAGCAAUAAUUGCUGGAUGUGGCAUGUUCUAUUUGAGAUAUCGAUUUGCUUCAUGUUCUCGUGAUUUAAAACGACUUGUAGGAACAACACGAAGUCCUGUUUAUUCACAAUUAACAUCAACUAUUCAUGGUGUCAAAGUUAUUCGAUCUUAUCAUGCUGAAAAUAUUUGUUCUAGAGAAUUUCAUUAUCAUCUUGAUAAUAAUACACGAGUCAGUUAUUUGAUUGCAACAUUGAAUAGAUGGUCAGCAAUGCGUUUUGAUUGGGUAUCUCUUAUAUUUAUUGCUUUGGUGAUUAUACUUGCCAUAAUUGUUCGUAUAAGUCAACGUCAAUUUUCAGCUGUUGAUAUUGCUCUUACACUCACCUACAGUCUUAAUUUAAUGGGCCUUUUUCAAGGAACUAUCAGACAAUCAGUUGAAGUAGAAACUCAAAUGACAUCAGUUGAACGAAUACUUGAAUAUUGUUCACUUGAUCAAGAACCACCUAGUCAACUAUCAACUAAAUAUCGACCACUAACAAAUUGGCCAUCACAAGGUCGUAUUGUUUUUGAAAAUGUUUCUAUGUCUCAUUCGAAAGAAUUACAUUCACCAUUGGCUCUUCAUCAUAUAUCAUUAAUAAUUGAACCUGGUGAAAAAAUUGGUAUUGUUGGAAGAACAGGUGCUGGUAAAAGUUCGCUCAUUCAAAGUCUUUUUCGAAUGGGUACACUAGUCGAUGGUCACAUUAUCAUUGAUAAUAUUGAUAUAGCAACUGUUGGAUUAGAUGAUGUUCGACGUCGUAUUUCAAUUAUUCCACAAGAUCCUGUUCUUUUUACUGGUACAAUGCGAAGUAAUCUUGAUCCAUUUGGUUUUUAUUCAGAUGCUGAAAUAUGGAAUGCACUUGAACAAGUACUAUUGAAAAAAUUAGUAACAGAUAUGAUGUCAAAUGCUCUUCAUUCAUUAGUAAGUGAAAGUGGAUCUAAUUUGAGUGUUGGUCAAAAACAACUGGUAUGCUUAGCAAGAGCUUUAUUGAAAAAGAGUAAAAUUCUUGUAAUUGAUGAAGCAACUGCUAAUGUGGAUAAUGUAACGGAUGAAUUGAUUCAAAGAACCAUUCGUGAUAAAUUCAAAGACUGUACAGUAUUGACAGUAGCACAUCGUUUGCGUACAGUGAUUGAUAGUGAUCGUAUCAUGGUGCUUAGUAAUGGAAAAUUGAUCGAGUUUGAUUCGCCUCAAGUAUUACUGUCAAAUGAUAGCUCUCAUUUUACUUUACUAGUGGAACAAACUGGAAUGGCUGAAGCGGAAUAUCUUCGAACAUUAGCAAACUCUACUGAAUCGUGUACAAGACAGAAACAAGAAAUACAUGACUUUGAUGACGAUUCAGCAUUAGAAACUAAUGAAAUGGAUCCUCUUGUUCC